CACAAAAAAAACAAAUGUACGCGGAAAACUUCGUAAACAUAGUUCAGUUUACAUACAAGUCAACGGAUUUCUUUCUUGCUAAACAUAUAUCUCGUCAGAUGGACGUAUUCUGAAGCACCUAGAUGUCAAUGUAUUUAUUUAUUAGCUACUGACAUGUAAUAGUUGAGAAUGUGGAGAAAUGUUUCAGUAUGUGGCCAUAACAACGAUGAUGGACUGACUCUUAAAAGGCUAUUUAUAACCAGUGUUAACCUCAGAUACGGAAGACGUGCGUGUAGUCUUUCUAAAUGGCCCAAUGACAGCUAAUAGUUAUUCAUGUGUGGCGAAAUAUUCUAUCAGUUAUCUUUUUUGAUCUGGUAAUGCACUACUGUAGACCAAGGCAGAACGAAAGUACCAUGUUUACAUUGCUAAUUUAUGCUUCCAUUCUUCUCCCCGUGUGCUAUGGUGUGAAUAACGGAGGACCGACUAUUCGAGGAACGACACUUUCAAACAAAGGCGCGGUUGACCGAUUCUGCAAAUUAAAUCCAAAUAAAUGUCCCAUAUGGAAAUAUAGAAAUUUCACAGGAACGGUUAAUGGAAACCACAGCUUUAAAGAUAGUAAUACCAAAGGUACAAACCGAUUUACAUUAUAUGUUUUAGAAGAUAUGAAAAGAUUGAGACGAAAUAAAAAAAUAAUAUCAAGGGACGUAAUAGAAUCAAAAAGACGGUCCAGACCUGGGACAUUUGACGCAAGGUUGUAGAGAAAGAAGAGUUUGGACAAUAUCGAUAUAACUAGCUACCGCUUUUGUAAUAUAAAUUGUGGUUAAAUGUUGGUUAAUGACAAAGUUUUAUUAAGAAUAAAAUGGAUAAA